GUAAGGAAUGGGCUCGAAUAGUUUCUUAAAAGCCAAAUCUGUAUAUCGUACAAAGAGUGGUUCCAGCGGGGGUUCUGAUAAGGAGAUGAACGGGAAACUCAAACGGUCUAAAAUUAGGCGCCCAGUGAAAAUGAACGAGUAUGGAUUGAAAAGAAUACCGGAUUAUACAGAGUUGGCUUACAAGGAGGCAGUUUCGAAGCUGAGAUAUUUUUUAUCUGGGAAUAACGCACCGAGCGUACGUAGUUAUGGAGGGUCAGCUUCCAUUAAGAACCUCGACGAAUCGGACGGUGAUCUCGACAAGAAGUACUCCACUUCCUACAACACCCUGUCGGAAUACAAACCGCGGCCAAGACUUACCGCCAAGUAUGCUACCCUGUACGCCGAUAGUCUGAACAACUAUAAUGCACCACUACAACCUACGAUCACCACCACUGCACUACCACAAGCCGCAACCGGGGAUUUGUCAGGCGGUACCAACCAAGACGUGGUCAACUUUAUACAAAAGCAGGAGGAGUAUAUCGAACAACUCGAGCGUGAGAGUCAGUACUGCAGGGAUGAGCUCAACAAUCUCCUGGGAAAAGUGAAGGAAGUUAUAUCAGAGAACGAAAAUUUGCACGAGGCUCAGAAGAACAAACUGAUUUCUAGAAUGUUCCAUUCAUAUAACGCAGGAUCUGAAACUGAUGAACUAGAUGACUUGGGUGAUAGUACUGGAUUGGACAGUGACAAUAAGAUCUCUCCAUCCAAAAAUCGUAGGACUUCGAAACAACGCUCUACAAGAUUGGAAGGACCAAAUAUAGUCUUCGAGUCUCGUAUCUCCGAGCUAGAGGCUCAAUUGACGCAAGCUAAAAUAGACCUUAAGAAGGUGCAGGAUGAAAACAAUGAAAAUAAACGAAAGCUGGCUAACGGUCUUGUUGACUCAACAUGUCUAGAUGGCUUCAAGAGGCAAAUUGAUAAUUUGCAAAGGGACAAAUCAGCACUUGAAUCUCAGAUAUCCAAGCUAAAGUUAAACUUAGAUCAGAAGGAUGGGGACGACAAGUACAAAAGAGGUUCAGAUGCUGUGGAAAACCAGCUAAGGGAAGAGAGGAAUAAUUUGGAGAUGGAAAUACGACGGCUCAAGGAUGAUUUGGCAAAAGAGCGGUCUAAGGUGCGUGAGCUAGCUGGUGAAGGUGCACGUAGAGCAAUACAAGAGAGAAGCGCCGCUGAACAGCGGUAUAAUGCACACUUCGAUGAGCUACAGCACGAUUUGGCGGCGCAAUAUGACAAUGUGUCUAAGUUACAGCUGGAUCUAGAGAGGCAACGUCGUGAAGAAAACGAUUUGAAACGUGAAUUGUCAAUGAAGAAUGCCGCUGUGGAGGAACUUAAGAUGGAACUUAAGAACAAAUCAGCAUCUCUUCAAGCGGAUUUAGCACAAGCUCAUGCAGAGAAAGCAUCACUAGAAGAAGAGCUGGCAAGCGCUAGACUUGCUAUCGAAAGGCAUCAGCGUCAAGCUAAGCAUGAAUCGAAUCGGCUUAAUUCAGAAAUACAAUCUCUACGUCAACGCCUGGAUCGAGCCGAUGCAGAUUUGGUCCAUUCACGCAGAGAAAAUUUGCGCUUGUCAGAGCAAAUCUCUACCCUAGAGAAGGAGAUGAAUAUGAAGAAUCUUACUCCUUUAUCACCAGACAAGAAUAAAAAGGAGAAAGAACUUUCAUCGAUGAUGGAAUCCAUGGAAAAUAAACAUGCUAAGACCGUGGCUGAGUUGGAGUCCAUGAUACAAUCACAAAACAGUCUGAUGGAGAAACUCACCAGCGAAUGUCGUUUGCUUACAGACAAGCUCGACGACGCGAGUCGUAGGCACAAAAUGGAAAAGACAAAGUUGCUUUGCAGAAAUUCUGAACUUAUGAGAAAACUGAGAAACUUAUGGUCUUCUCAUAAAAAAUACUGCACUACCACCAUAGCACCUUAUCGAAGUUACACUCCCCUAAGUGGAUAUCCAAGUAGCUCAAACUAUGACUUAGACCGCACUUAUUUGAACUCCACUCCACAUACAUAUAGAAAUAGAUUUAGAGGUGCUAAUGGAUCUAUUUAUAAUGGACAAGCUAGAGAUGAAAUUGGUAACUUGAGCAGAAAUCUAAGUGAUCUCUCGCUCGAUAAAAUUGACGACUCUGAUGAUGAUCCUAUUAAGGUAAGAAAGGAUGCAAAAAUUGUUUAGAAAACCAAAAUACUCUAUAUAAUACAUUAAUGUGUGCGUGUGACCACGUGUGUGUGUGUGUUCAGGAAAGAACUGGCAACUCUGCAGCGUCAAGUAGAGCACCUCGGACGAUCUAUACAGACUCCGUACUCGCACCCACCUAGCAAUUUUCAAGCACCUUCCUCGCACACGCCCACAACCAACAGAAUACCACAUUCCCAACCCGAUUCCGGACCAGUCUAUACCGGAACUGAGCCCCCCAGAGACCCCGCAUUCAGACCAGACCCCAGUCUCGAUACAAACCUCCACAGUGAUCACGAAACAUCAGGAGAUGUAAUCCAAGACCACAUACAAGAACAACCUAGCGAUCUUACAGCAAAUUACAACAUAGGAGCACCUCAUGACCAACCAAUUAAUACACAAGAAUACAACGAGCCAGAAGAACAUACUAUCUCAAAACAAGAUUACCAUAACCAAGAUAUUAAAUCACAGAGAAAGUUGUCCAAACAAAAUUCAAGAGAGUCAAGUGGUAAAGAUGAAAAAAUUAUACACAAGCAACUAUCAAAAGAUAACAUAACACCUCAACAAAAGAUGGAAACAGAUGAUUCGGAACCUUUAGAAUCAAAUGUUGUAAGUCAAGAUUAUAAUACAGGCGUCAAUAGAGAAAAAGAGGUUAUAGACCAAACAAAAGUUGAUGAUACAAAAGGCAUGGACCAAGAUCAACUUGAAUAUGUUGCUGAUAAUAUACCUGUAGAGGGUGAGACACAGCAGUACGAUAAUCAACAGUAUAGCCCAGAAGAGUAUCAGAAUUACGAGCAAAAUUAUGAACCACCACAACAAAACUAUGAACAAACGCAACCAAACUUUGAACAACCCCAACAAUACACUGAACAGUAUGAAAAUUAUGAACAAUAUCCACAGCAAUACGCAGAUCCUAACGCUCAAUAUGGAGAACAAUAUGAGGAUAAUUAUCCUACAGAUGGAAAUAAUACCGAACAAGCCUAUGAUAAUACACAAUAUAAUCAAGAGUACACCGAAGAACAGCAAUAUUCUGAAAACGUUGAACAAACGGCUGAAUCGAAUGAAAAUGUUGAAGCAAGUGAAACGCCACAAGAUUUGCAAAAAAAUAGUACACCUAAAGAAAAAUUAGCUAGCCAAAGUUAGCAUUUAAAACUUAGUUAAUAAAAAAAACAUUUUUUUAAUGUGCAAUACU